GCAGGAUGUGUGACCAACCCCCAUUGGACCAACCAUAUGUGCUGUAUCGGCGAACAACGAGGCUGAACAUUGUGGAUAAAAUAAAAAACAAGGAGAAUGGGGAAGAAACAGAAAAAGUCAGGCGAUGACAGUGCCAAAGACGGUGGCAUCGACCUUGACGCCCUAGCAGCAGAAAUCGAAGGAGCGGGAGCCUCCAAGGAGCAAGGUAAAGGAAAGGCCAAGAAGAAGAAAGACAAAAAGAAAGACGAUUUUGAUGAAGACGACAUCCUGAAGGAGCUGGAGGAACUGUCUCUUGAAACCACAGGAGCUAAAGGCAGCAAGAAACCAGACGCCACAGACGAGCCGGAGAGUGCCACCGAGCCCCCGCCGCCCACCAAAGCAGAGAAGAAGAAGACACGGAAGGGCAAGCGAGCCAGCCUGGAGGAUGACGACGGGGACGACGAAGAGGUUUCGGGUACGGGUGACGUGGAAGACGAAGACAAGCAGAAGGACAAGAAGACGUCUGCUGCCCCCGCUGCUGCUGCUGCUGGCUCAGACUCGGAGGACGACGCCUCACGGACCCGGAGGAAACCCAAGGCAGGGAAGAAGGGAGGCCGCAAGGAGGCCUCGGGCGAGGAAGAGGAGGAUGACGAUGGAGGUGCGAGGAAAGGAGAGGGGGGAGGGGAGGAUGAUUCAGAUGAUGACGACUCGGUGGCGUCGCAGGCCGGAAAGAAAGGCAAGAAGAAGAAGGGCAAAGCCAAGGCAGACAGUGAAGAAGAGGAAGAGGAGGAGGGAACCUUCAAGAUGAAGACGGCAGCUCAGAAGAAGGCAGAGAAGAAGGAGAGAGACCGCAAGAAGAAAGAGGAGGACAGGGCUAAGCUGAAGAAGCAGAAGGAGAAGGAGGAGGAGAAAGAGGGGAGUAUUGAGGUUGCAGCAGUGCCUAAGAAAGAGAAAGAGGUAGUGAAGAAGAGUGAGCCAGCGGUGGUCCCAGCAGCAGCAGCCCCAACCCCAGCAGCAGCCCCAACCCCAGCAGCAGCCCCAACCCCAGCAGCAGAGACAGGGGCAGCAGCAGAGAUUGAAGAUCAGGAAGGGGCUGAUCCUCAAGGAGAGGCUGCCGAUGAGGUGCUUGAAGCAAUUAAUGAAGAGGAAGGGGGAGACAAGAAGGGCAAGAAAGACAAGAAGAAGAAGAAGGGGGACAAGGAGAAGGAGAAAGAGGAGAAGAAGAAGGGACCCAGCAAAGCCACAGUGAAGGCCAUGCAGGAGGCUCUGGCUCACAUGAAGGAGGAAGAGGAGCGCGCCAAGAAGGAGGAAGAGGAGAACCUGCGUCGCCUGGAAGAGCAGGAGGCUCAGAGACUGGAGCAGGAGCGUCUGGAACAGGAGCGCAAGGAGAAGAAGAAACAGAAGGAGAAAGAGAGGAAGGAGAGGCUGAAGAAGGAGGGCAAACUGCUGACCAAAGCCCAGAAAGAGGCCCGGGCCAGGGCAGAGGCCACACUGGAACUCCUGAAGGCCCAGGGUAUUGAAGUGCCAUCCAAAGACGACUCAGUGCCAAAGAAGAAGCCAGUGUACGGAGACAAGAGGAAAAAGAAGCCCCAACAAGCACAGACCCCUGAAGAGAUCUCAGAGGUCAUGUCACCCACGUCGGAGACGGCAGAGCCAAUCAUCUCACCGAUGGCAGUGGAAACUCCCGAAGUACCAGCAGAGGUAGAGCAGAAAGCUGAGUCUGCAGUUGAUGACUGGGAGGCUAUUGCUGAGACCAUCGAUCAGGACAAAGAGCUGAAGACGGUCCACAUCGAGGUGAAGCCAGAGACGCCAAAGCAGCCCCAACAGAAACCCUCGUCACAGCCGGAGGAAGAGGACGAGGACGAGGAGGAAGAGGAUGAUGAAGAGGAGGAGAGUGAGGAGGAGGAGGAGGAGAAGGAGAGUCAGCCUCACACAACGCAGCAGGCCCCAGCCACUAAGAGGAAGGGAGGGAAGGAGAGCUCAGAGUCCAGUAGUGACAGCGACUCCGAUGACGAUCGCACUAAAGAGGAGCGGAUCUACGACAAGGCCAAGAAGCGUAUUGAGAAACGGCGAGCAGAGAACAUAAAGAACAUAAACCUGGACAAGCUCCGCUCCCCCGUCGUCUGUGUACUGGGCCACGUAGACACAGGCAAGACCAAGAUCCUGGACAAGCUGAGGCAUACACACGUACAGGACGGAGAGGCAGGAGGGAUCACCCAACAGAUCGGAGCCACUAACGUACCGCUGGAGGCCAUCGUAGAGCAGACCAAGAUGGUGAAGAACUUCAACAACGAGGCCAUUAAAAUCCCAGGAAUGCUGAUCAUCGACACCCCAGGCCACGAGUCUUUCAGUAACCUGAGGAACCGGGGCAGCUCUCUGUGUGACAUAGCCAUCCUGGUGGUGGACAUCAUGCACGGCCUGGAGCCUCAGACCCUGGAGUCCAUCAACCUGCUCAAGGAGAAGAAGUGUCCCUUCAUUGUAGCACUUAACAAGAUUGACCGUCUGUACGACUGGAAGAAGAGCCCGGACACAGACGUGGUGGCCACACUGAAGAAGCAGAAGAAGAACACCAAGGAUGAGUUUGACGAGAGGGCCAAAGCUGUCAUCGUGGAGUUCGCCCAGCAGGGUCUGAACGCAGCCCUCUUCCAUGAGAACAAGGACCCGAGGACCUUUGUGUCUCUGGUGCCCACCUCGGCCCACUCCGGGGACGGCAUGGGCAACCUGAUCGCUCUGCUGGUGGAGCUCACCCAGACCAUGCUGGCACGACGCCUGGCACACUGCGACGAGCUCAGGGCUCAGGUCAUGGAGGUGAAAGCCCUGCCUGGUAUGGGCACCACUAUAGACGUGAUCCUGAUCAACGGGGUCCUCCGGGAGGGCAUGACCGUCAUCGUCCCGGGGGUGGAGGGACCCAUCGUCACCCAGAUCAGGGGGCUGCUGCUGCCUCCACCCAUGAAGGAGCUCAGGGUUAAGAACCAGUAUGAGAAGCAUAAGGAGGUGUGUACGGCCCAGGGAGUGAAGAUCCUGGGGAAAGACCUGGAGAAGACCCUGGCAGGGCUCCCCCUGCUGGUGGCCCACAAGGAGGACGAGGUGGCCGUGCUCAGGGAUGAGCUGGUGCGGGAGCUGAAACAGACUCUGAACUCCAUCAAACUGGAGGAGAAGGGUGUGUACGUCCAGGCCUCCACUCUCGGAUCCCUGGAAGCCUUGCUCGAGUUCCUACGAGUGUCCAAAGUGCCUUACGCUGGCAUCAACAUUGGUCCAGUCCACAAGAAAGACGUGAUGAAAGCUUCCACUAUGCUGGAGCAUGACCCACAGUAUGCAACGAUCCUGGCGUUUGAUGUGAAGGUGGAGAGGGACUCUCAGGAGAUGGCUGAUAGUCUGGGGGUCAGGGUGUUCAGCGCUGAGAUCAUCUACCACCUGUUUGAUGCCUUCACCAAGUACAGAGAGGACUACAAGAAGGCCAAGCAGGACGAGUUCAAACACAUUGCUGUGUUCCCCACUAAGCUGAAGAUCCUGCCUCAGUUCAUCUUCAACUCUAGAGACCCCAUAGUCAUGGGAGUCAACGUGGAGGCUGGGGUCCUCAGACAGGGAACCCCACUCUGUGUGCCCAGCAAGGGGUUUGUGGACAUUGGCAUCGUGACCAGCAUUGAGAUCAACCACAAGAUGGUGGACAGUGCCAAGAAGGGCCAGGAGAUCUGUAUAAAGAUCGAACCGAUCCCCGGAGAGGCACCCAAGAUGUUCGGCCGACACUUUGAGGCCACCGACAUCCUCGUCAGCAAGAUCACCAGAGCGUCCAUCGAUGCCCUGAAGAACUGGUUCAGAGACGAGAUGGGCAAAUCUGACUGGCAGCUCAUCAUGGAGCUCAAGAAGACUUUUGAAAUCAUCUGAACGGAGGAACGGGCACACACCUUCAUGUCUUCAGGCGGCCGCAGCACUUACACACAAACACACACACCACUGAUCAUGUGACACCUGAUCAAAGACACACACACACACACACACACUUGUUCAUCACAGCCACGUAUGUAUACAUCCAUAAAUGGUGGGAGCAGUGCAGUGUCCCACUUUCCCCCUCUCCCCCAUCCCCUCCCCUCUGGUGGGUGGGGGAGUGUAUUUUUAGAGGGGAAACAGUGUUUUUCUGUGAGAAACCAAACUAUUUCCUGCUGUUGUUAACAGUGACAGUUUAGACAGCAUCGACACACACUAUUCCAACGUGCCUGUUGUUUGGAAUCAUCUUGAGUUUUUUUUUUUCAUUUUGCCGCUCUUUCUCUCUCUCACCCUCCACAUCCGUCUGCUGCUGGAGUCCUGCCCCCUGUAAUCACUCCGGUGCUCAGGCUGGGGUGAGACUGGAGAGGGGGCGAGUGGGAGUGAAGAAAGCUGGGUCAGGCGUCACUGGAACCACAGAUCUACAGAAUUCAGCAAACUGGGUUUGACAAGUUUCCGUGGGUGCCAUGUUGGCACCGGAAGUCACAAGGAGAAUGACAUUCCACCGAGAAUGCAAAUGAGAACCUUAUUGUUAUGACACGUUGGUUGCCAACAUGGAGGCGAGUUUGCUGAACUCUUUAUAUCUAUCACGGAUCAAGGGGAGCUGUGCGCCAAAGGCCUGGAUUAGAAGAGGGGAGAGGGGAGGCAUUCUUACCAGAAGUUUUAGACGUCUGAAUAAUACGACCUUGUCAGUGUUUUCUCUUUUCUUGAAUGCAGUUAUUUUAUGGUCCUUUUAAAAAGCUCCUCCCUCUCUGACAUCACCACCACCCAUCACCAGCCCCCCUGUCAGCGCAGUUCGACUGGUGCCUACAGACCUUUUUUUACCAUGAAUGAACUAGGUGACAAAAUAGGUGGUCCCUCUCCUCUCUACUUGAGUUCAAAAUGUAAAAGAUAAUAAACCAUCUACAUCAAUAAAGACAUAUUUAUAGAAGUCACGAACUCUGCCCCCUCUGCCUUGUUGUAUAUUUUGGAUAAUGGUAUGGAUGGAAUAUGCAUUGAAUUCAAUUCUAUAAAAAAUAAAUAUGAAGUGCUACUUUC